UGUCUAUUAAUGCACACAGACAGGAAGUUGAGGACAUAUCAACAUCAUGGCUCCACAGGACACCACCUUCCUGUGUCUCGCAGUCUUCCUGGGCCAGACAAUUUGGGCACAAGAAGAACUUCCCAUUCCUACCAUAUCUGCUGCCACAAGUCCUGUGGUUCCCUGGAAUGGUUCUGUGAGGAUUCUCUGCCAGGGAAUACCCGAAGCCUUUCUGUAUCAGUUGUCCCUGAUGAAAAACUCCACACACACAGUCAUCGAGAAGAAAUUAGGAUUUCAGAAGAAGGCUGAAUUCAUCAUCAACCACAUGAAUACAACCAUGGCAGGAGGUUAUCAGUGUCAGUAUAAGAAGAAGUACCACUGGUCAGAGUGGAGCAAACCCCUGGAGGUGGUGGUGACAGGCUUAUACGACAAACCUGUCCUCUCCACAGAUCAAAGCCUUGCACUGAUACCAGGAGAGAACAUUUCUUUCCAGUGCAGUUCAGCACACACCCUGUUCAGCAGAUUUUCACUGGCCAAGGAGGGACACACUUCAACGCCAUGGCACCCACCUGAAGAGUAUCAGGGCAACUUCAGUCUUGGUCCUGUGGACGCUGGCUUCUCUGGGAACUACAGGUGCUACGGUUGGCACAGCAGCAGCCCCCAUGUGUGGUCAGCCCCCAGUAAUGCCCUGGAGAUCAUUGUCACAGACUCCAGCAAGCAAAAUUCCAUGAUGGAGAAUUCAAUCCGGAUGGGUAUGGCAGGGCUGGUCCUUGUGGUUCUCUUGGUGAUACUAGCUGAAGAUUGGAACAGCCGCAGGGUAUCACACAAGGAAGACUUUCAGGAAUUGGCUGCACAGAGAUGGAGCAAAUAGUGGCUGUGGGUAAACACUGGGAACUGCAGGUGGGGAUGCAUCUUGCAAAAAGGAAAAGCCAUUAGAAGCCUGGAUCCAUCUGCAGAACGUAAGGCUCGAGUCUAAAGUGUCCAUCACAGGCACAUGUGUUUGAAUACUUACUCCCCAGCAGAGGGCGCUGUGUGGGGAGAUGUGAUAUAUGUAGGUCACUGGAGGCUACUCUUUGAAGGUGAUGCUCACUUUGGGUUCCCAUCUAGCUCUCUGCCACUGUCACUCCCAUGGAGCUGCUCCUAUUGCAUGCUCUCCUGCCAUAAUAGAAUACUCUAUUUGAAAACAUGGACCAGAAUCAGCCUUGUCUUCCUUUCUUUCAAGACAAAAAAAAUCCAUAGUACACAGAGUUAUCACACGGUGUGGUCCUAGGUGGAUCUGAUGCUAUUUCUUCUCUACUGGUUAGUAUGAGGGUUAGUUUUUUUAAAUAUAUUUUUCUUUUAUUUGUGAGAUUAUAAUAUAACUACAUCAUUUUCCCCUUCCCUUAGUUAGUUGUUGUUUUUUUCUUGGUUGUGUUUUUUGGGAAGGGAGCAGUCAACUAGACACAAGCUAGGGUUAUCUGGGAAGAGGAGAUGUCCAUUGAGAAAAUGUCUCAAUCAGAUUGUUCU